AUGACCAAGGCGACGCCCGCGCCCCGCGCCGGCCCCGCCAAGAGCAAGAGCACGAGCAAGCGCACGGCACAAGAGGAGCCUGCCUCUCUGCCGGAGCGCAAGCCGUUCGGUCAAGAAGACUCAGACGACGAGGAGAUGCCCGAGACGCUGCCGGACGAGGCUGACGACGACGACGACGACCUUGUCAUUGACCAAGACCUGCCAGAUGUGACGCAGGCGCCUGGACAGGGCGCAGACGUCGAUGACGGUCGCUUGCGCUUCCAGCCGAUCAGUGCGACUGCCCUCGCGGCAGCGAAUGCGGGCGUGGAUCCGAAGGUCAAGUCGCAGCUGCGCAAAGUGCCCAUCCCGCCGCACCGCAUGAGCCCGCUGAAGCGCGACUGGCCCAAGAUUUACACGCCGCUCGUCGAGCAGGCGGGGCUCAUGGUGCGUAUGAAUGUGCGAACGCGCUGCGUUGAGAUCAAGUCGUCGAAGCACACGGAGGACCUCGGUGUGCUGCAAAAAGCGAGCGACUUUGUCAAGGCGUACGCACUGGGCUUUGAUGCCGACGACGCUCUGGCGCUGUUGCGUCUCGACGAUUUGUACGUCGACUCGUUUGAAAUGAAGGACGUGAAGACCCUACACGGCGACCACCUAAGCCGUGCGAUCGGCCGCAUCGCUGGAAAAGACGGCCGUACGCGCUUCGCGAUUGAGAACGCGAGCCGUACGCGUAUCGUGUUGGCCGAUACAAAGAUCCAUAUCCUGGGUGCCUACCAAAAUAUCCGCGUGGCCAAGGACGCGAUUGUGGCCCUGAUCAUGGGCAGCCCGCCCGGCAAGGUCUACUCCAAGCUGCGCACCGUCAGCGCGCGCAUGCGCCAGCGCUCUUAG